UUGCUGUGCUUCAUAACAACGACAACGAUGUCGCUGAACAAGUCGCUUCUUUUAGCCGUGUUGGGCCUUUUGGCCACCUUUGGAUUUAGUCAUGCCGAACGCGUUCACUAUGACAACUAUCGUCUCUACAAAGCCACUUCUGAGAAUGAAGAUCAACUAGCUGUUCUAAAAGAGCUGGAAGGAUCUUCGGACUCAAUCAUAUUUCUGGAUGGUGUUCAUGUUGUCGGAGCUGAUGUCCAGAUGGUUGUUGCCCCACACAAAGUGCCUGAUGUACUGGAGAUUUUGGGCAAAGCUGAGAUUAAAUAUGAUCUGCAGUCCAAGGACUUCCAAAAGUCGAUGGAUGAGGUUGACGAGAAGGUGGCUCCUAAGGGUCGCGCCAGCUCCGAUUAUAACUGGGCGCAGUACUAUGAGCUGGAGGAUACCUAUAGCUGGAUGCAGUCCUUGUCCAAGCAAUAUCCACAGAUUGUUACCCUGAUUGAGGGUGGCAAAACCUAUCAGGGACGUUCAAUCCUUGGUGUGAAGAUCUCCAAGAGUGGCAGCGAGAAGCCCGGCAUCUUCAUCGAGGCUGGCAUUCAUGCUCGAGAGUGGAUCGCCCCAGCGGCUGCCACCUACAUCGUCAACCAGCUACUCACUUCGAACGUUGAUUCUAUUAAGCAGUUAGCUGACAACUACAAUUGGUACGUCUUCCCCCACUGUAAUCCCGACGGCUUUGUCUACUCCCACACCAAGGAUCGCCUAUGGCGCAAGACUCGCACACCCUAUGGUAAGUGCUUUGGCGCUGAUCCUAACCGCAACUGGGGCUUCCACUGGAAUGAGGUGGGUGCCAGCAACAGCGCCUGUUCCGAUACCUAUGCUGGACCCCACGCGUUCUCUGAGAUUGAGACUCAGUCACUCUCGAACUACAUUGCCUCGAUAAAGGACAAGAUUCAGCUCUAUGUCUCGUUCCAUGCCUACUCGCAAUAUCUGCUGUAUCCUUAUGGUCACACCAAAUCAUUGCCCGACAAUGUCAAGGACUACCAACAGGUGUUCAACGCAGCUGUCUCUGCCGUCUCGCAGCGUUAUAAUACGAAAUACACUGGUGGUAACAUCUAUGAUGCCAUCUACCCGGCAGCUGGAGCCAGUGUUGAUUGGGCGUAUGGUACCCAGGAUGUACGCAUGGCAUUCUGCUAUGAGUUGCGUCCUUCCUCCAACUCAUAUAUCACUGGCUUCAAGCUUCCCGCUGCUCAGAUCAUUCCUGCCAGCGAGGAACUCUUGGAUUCGCUGACCGCCAUGGUUGGUCAGGUCCAGAAGCUGGGAUAUUUUAAUUAAAGAUUUCCACAAUAAACGACUCACAUUUUAAAAGCAUA